AUGCCCAAACACGUCCCCACCUUCAAGAACCUCCUGCACACCUCCCACACCCGCCCACAACAGGACCAACAGGCAGAAGCGCCCCGACCACGCCGACGACAGGUCAACCGCGAGAUCCCCGCGUAUCUCAUCGGACAGAACCCAUGGGUCCCGAAUUCGGCUGGAGGUGUGGAUGCAGAGCUGGCAGAGCUCUUGCGCCGGUUUGAGCACUCGCGAUGGCAAGCGUCGCGGACGACCGCUGGUCCUGCUGCACCACCCUCAUGGCAUGUAGCUAGACAGAAGGCCUCUAGAGUAUCUUCAGCACCUAGUGUGGAGCCCGAGUAUCCUCCGGUGACUCGCGGCGAUCUCGAGCAGUCUUCAGCGUUACUCAGUCAUCGACCCAAACCUCGCUCGACGCCGGUCCCGAGUCUACUCGAAUAUUGCUUCAGUGCAAUGCUUCGAUACAUCGACGACGUCACUGUGAUAUACGCCCCGGACGAAGGGCUCGAGGCGGAGGAAGCUGAGGCAGAGACGUAUACGAUCAGCCGGCUGGUGAGGGAGCAAGUCACCUAUCUCGAACCGCAUCUCAAGAUCGCCCUCCUGGACGCUUCUUCUCUCGUUCCAGAACCUUACCGACCGAUAUCGAACGACUCCAUACGUGCGAUCCUCUCAGAUGCCCCGCCUGACUCUGACGAUGAAGUCGAGCCGGAAGGGGAAGAACCUGGCGACGAUGACGAUUGGGACGAUUGGGAAUUGGCACCUGUCUCUUUGCCCGUCACCUCCCAUUUCGCCCUCACCCGUCAUCCCUCUCCACACAAUUUCCUCCAAACACUCCCAUUCACCACAUCCCUAACGAGUAUCAACCUCGCAUACUCUACCAUCCCCAAUAUCGAUGCCCUCGUCCAAGUCCUUCCAGCGGGACUGAAAGAGUUGAGUUUGGUAGGCGUCAACUUUGGGAAAGCUGGAGAACAGACUGUCAAGAGGGGUCUUUUGAGAUUGGGUAGGAAGCUUAUCGUCCUUAAAGUACUCGACCUAUCCAACCCCCGCUACGCCCUCCCAACAACAACCCUCACAUCCCUCCUCCAACCCGCCGAAACACAGCUCCCCUCUCUGCGUACCCUCGGUAUGCGGAACCUCCCCUUACCGCUGCUUACGGCGUCGCAGAGCGAGCAGGGGGUGAAGGAAGAUGAGGGUGAGGCUUUGAGAGUUGGGAGGAAGGGGUUGGGGAAUGUCGUGAGAGGUGGUGGGAGGUUGAGGUGGGUUGAUAUUGUCUGGGUUUGA